AUGAUGGGGGCAGGAACGCGUCUGCAGCAGCAGCAGCAGCAGCAGCAGCAGCAGCAGCAGCAGAAGCGAGAGAUGGGUGUGCGCAGGCGCGACAGACCACAAUCAGCAGCAACGGCGUGUCGCUCACCUGCAGCAACAGCAACCGAAGCACCAAUAGCAGCAGUAACAGCAGCAGCAACAGUAGCUGCAACAGCAGCAGCAAAAGCAGCUGCUGCAGCUGCAGCAGCAGCUCACUUACGGGCACUUUCUUUGUCCUUAAAGAAUGCCCUCAGCAAUCCUGGCCUUCCCCAGUGA